UAUUUUGUCGGUUCGCUAACGCAUGCGUCAGUUAAUUACAGAAUGUUUUGCUCAACAAUCGUGAUUUAGCUCCGAAGAAAAAGUGCUUGAUAAUACGAUUUAGCGAACUUUACUUAUUUAAUUUAGUAACUGUGUUCGUAAAAUAUACCGUGGUGUUAACAAAAAAAUGUGUUUAAAAAAGAAGGAAUGCAAUAAAAAUAUGGAAGUGUCAUUGUUCUAACGAAUCAAACAAAAGAAUAUAUUCAAAAUCGACAAAGAAAAUUGCCAGUACCUUUUCAGCUCUGUAAUAGCAGCUUGGAGCUAUGCGCGGAAUCCGAACACCGACUAUUUGAGUGGAUACAGAAAUGUGAUAAAAGUGCAAAAGAAAUGGAGUAUGCUCGAACACGCAUAUCGCCAACGAUAUCCGUAAAAAGUCAGCCUGUAACCGAAAUAAAAAUUACAACAAAACCAAAAAGUGAGCCUGUAACACCAAUAAAAUGACAACAACAAAAACUGAGUUGAAAUAUAACGCCGACGCAAUGAACAGUAACACACUGGAAUCCAAUGGCUAUGAUGGCUUUUCAGAUAUCGAUGGACACUCUCCGUAUAAGCCUUCGAACACUAGUUGCCACAAAUAUGUAUGCGAGCUUUAUGUAUCGUUUGUUCUUAAGUAGUAACGACUGUUUCUUUUCAAUCCCGAAAGCGUUUGACCACUAUGAUACGCUCUUGCCGGACUGAUUGUCAACAAAAGUACGAAUAUAAUAGCAAUGUUCUAACGAAAGCGGAGCGUCGAAAACUUAGUAGUGCCAUAGUUAAGUACUUUCGACUUAAUAAGAUACGUGUGAAAUCAGAAAUAGCUACGGAUUUGGCCAAACAGAUAAUGCCGCAUUUUCCCACAGAAAGAAAUGUAUGCCAAUUAAGGAUAAAAUCGGUGUAACUAAAUGUCACAAAGGUUUAAGAAUGUUUAGUACGAGAAUAAUAUCAGGUCUCUUAUUCCAUGUGACUAUUACGGUAGACCCCUAAGCCAACGCAAAUCCUCAUAUCCCAGUAAAACUUUAGAAUGAAAACAAUCAAAAAACGCGUACUGAGCCUUUGUAUUAUGAAGUCGAACUUUCCGAUUAGAGUUAGGGUCCAGCUAUUCUGGUUCUUGUUGAGGUAGUACAGUUUGAUUUCGACUUUUUGCGAUGAUGUCCGACGAAAAAGUUGAAGUGACCUUUGUAGAACUCCAGAAUUUCAGAGUAAGUCUGGGAGUCGUGGAAUAUUCCGACAAUACAACACGCCCUCGUCACGGCAGGCGGUUCUACGUUUCUAAACCCCGAUUUUUAUCUAGUCAAGAGGUAUAAUCUAGUUACCUUGGCUUCAAAAUACAUUAUACAAGCUUGUAUAGCUUCAUGCAGAAUGAAAAAGUUCAGAGAAGCUCUCCUUCAGUUUGAGAUGGUGCGAACUGCUCUAACCGAAUAAAUAGUAAUAAGAGAAUAUUUUCUAGAGCUUAGAAAUUUUUUGUAGUAACCCAAAUCUUACCGAUUUUGUGGUCUCAAGUAUGGUAUGAUAUUAUAUAUAGGUAGCUACGGUAUAUUUGAAUUAUUUGAGAUUCCGACCCCAAAAACGCGAUCCAUAUUUUUUUUUUGGUAUAAGCAUAAAAACGACAAAACUCGCGGCCGCUUAAACAGGAGGUGCUAUAAUUACCAUCGUCGUAAAGAACGUCAAAGGUUCACAACUAAAAAAUGCAGGCAGCGACAUAUCUUAAUUUACCAAAACCAAGCAGCCGGUGUAUCCAAAACGAAGAAUCAUUAGAAAUUAGCCAGAAGGCUUCGUAAGAUGUGAAGAUGGUCAUGGUUUUCCAAAACUAGAUGGUCAGUGUUUGUAGGACAAACAAUAAUUAUCGUACGGGGGGUACUUUCCAAUGUGCUGAUGAUUAUGAUUGUCCAAAAGCAGAAGAGCGCUUAAAAUGCUUUGCUAAUGGCAUGCGUCGCAUACAGCUUUGGCUGCAAGACGUCGUCAAAUGUGAAAAUGCCAUGGAUACGAUCGACAUGUGGAAGUACACAUGGGUGUAUCGCACAGAACAGCUCGAACGCCUGCAACCUGGCCACAAGCAACAACUCGAAGCGCUGCUCGCCAAAUGGGAAACCUACAAGGAUGCAAAAUAGCCGGCAAUUGAAAUAUACAAAGAGCGUUUAUAUCUAAUGCAUACAUCAUCAUAUUUAUGGCGACAAAUAUAAGAAAAAAAAACUUCCAGAAGUUUCAUCAACAGAACAGUAGUGUGGUGGACACCUUUUACGACCAAGAAUGCGCGUUCAUUCACCUGAUGCACGACAUCAUGCACCCGUCAAGUUACAGCAUGCCAGAGGGCUCACGACGUUACAUUACCGCCGAAUCACAACGAGUAACCAUGCGUGUUGUACAAAACGAAUGUGAGGUGAACAGCUACAAUGAGUGGUAUCCGUGCAUAUUCGUCAUGGUGAACAAAACGCAGGACAACAAUCGGUGCAUUGUGGCUUGGCGCGAUUUGCGUUAUCAUUUGACGCUCAGUGAAGCCUUGCUCGUCGCCAUGCAGCUGUACUUGGUCUUCAAGUUGGAGUAUCCACCGCCGUGUGUGAAUUUCUGGCAUUUUGUACGUGACUACUUCUUCGAUAUACAAUUACCGCAGGAUAUAUCUUACCCUAUGUUAGCUAAGCUAAAGCCAUUAAUGCAACUAUUCAGUCCAAUUCUCUGCCGCUCCCUGCAAAGUUAGCAGAUAUCCAACUCUUUUAAAAAAUUGAAAAACUUACUAAUAGCUUUAAAAAAAAUCUUUAAUUUUUUUGACGUAAUGAACGUCAAAUCACCAGCAAACAUAAUUUGUCAAACUUCAAUUCACUGAUUUUUUUUUAACAUAAAAUGUCUCAAAAUAAACGCAACACCACGGACUCCAGUAACGCUACGAAUUCGCAAUCGGUCGCCACUUUGAAGCCGAAUCUUUCAUUUGACACUUACCCCGAGGAGAAGCUUGAUAAGCUCAUGGGUAAGUGCUGGACGGACUGUUUAAUUAAAGGUGGCGCCGGUUUUGGCAUCGGAUUUCUCGUUACACUUUUGUUUAUACGACGCAUGUGGCCACCGAUUUUGGGCAGCAGCUUCGGCUUGGGCGUGUCGUACAAGGAAUGCGAGCGAAAUCUUCAAUCGCAAACAAAGUGUGAAGCUGGUGAUAAAGUAAAUGGAAAUAAACUAGUGUAGCAUUGGUAUUUGUGUUCUAUUUACUGAAAAUGUUGAUAAAACUUACAUAACCUUAAAAUAUACUAUAUGUAAUAAAUCUUUGCAGAAACUAUA